UUUUUUUUUUCUGAGUUUUGAUAUUAAAAAAAAAUAAGAAGAAGAAAGAUGAUGGACGCCUCCUCCGAAUCAGAUGUCACGAGCAUCGGAUCCCGGCCAUCCUCCUCCUCCUCCUCCAGGCCGGCGUCGGCGGCGGCGUACUACGUGGAGAGCCCGUCGUGCGACUCACAAGACGAAUCCAAUUCCUCCAACAGCCCCAUGGAUUCCCCCUCCGAUCCCAGAUACUCGACGGACUCCUCCAACUCCUCCACCGCCGCCAGCCGCGUCUCCGGCGGCCGCCGCCGCCGUAGGUGGAGCAAGCACUACCCCGACGUCGUCGAGGAGGACGGCGCCGGCGGCCAACGGCGGAGGUGGAAAAAGCACUACUGCGACGUCGUCGAGGAGGAGGAAGCCGACGGCGGCGAUUGCGAGGAGGAGGACGACUACCACGGCACUCCUUGCGUGGGAGACCACUACGACGGCGGCGGCGCUUGCAUGGAGGACGACUACUACUACGACGACGGCGGCGGCAGCGGUGGGCGGUGCUCGUGGCAGUACAGGUGUUUUUUGUUGGUGUUGGUGUCUGGUGCGAGUUUUGCUGCCAUUUGUUUGGUGUUUUGGUGCGCCGGCCGCCCUUACAAACCCCAUAUUCGCAUCCAGAGCUUAAGGGUUAAAAAUUUGUAUUACGGGCAAGGCUCCGAUCACACCGGAGUUCCGACAAAGUUUAUCACGGUGAAUUGCUCGGCAAGUUUGGCGAUUUACAAUCCUUCCACUUUCUUCGGCAUUCGAGUCACCUCCCACACUGCUAAUCUCAAAUUCUCUCAAAUUACUGUUGCAUCUGGUCAGCUAGAGAAAUACUACCAACCAAAAAGGAGCAAAAGGGUUAUGUGGGUGAUGCUGGUGGGCCGACGGGUUCCUUUGUACGGGGCCGGGGUGGCAUUGGCCCCUUCCGGUGGGAGGGGUUUAAGGAAUAUUCCGUUCAAGCUGGAGUUUGAGAUUCAUUCAAGAGGGUAUAUCGUCGGAAAAUUGGUGAAGGCGAAUCACAAAACACGUGCAUUUUGUUCGUUGCUCAUCAAUUCGAGGCACACCGAAGAUAUUAUUUUCGACGAGAAUUCUUGCGUGUACGUUAUAGAAUAAUUAUUAUUUACAGUACAAACAUUUUGAUAAUGAAAUUAUA